CAUGCCUGCCGCUAACAGCAACCAAAGAAGAUUGACCAAAACAGCUCUCUCUAUCAUGUCAGAUACUGGCCAAUCGGAGCUCAUGCUCGUCCCCAGCACAAACACGCGCAAGCUGCUGGUCUAUAUCGGUCCCGGUCCACGCCCACGAGUCCAUAAAGUAGGGUCAGAAAGGUCCUUCAGUGGGAGUCAGCUGGCCAAAGCAAAUGCACAUAUACCUGUAGACCUGACACUGGGUAUGUGCCUAGAGGAGAAUGCGGGGAAGUGGGGCAGCUAUUGGACGAGCAUCAACUGCUCGCGUAAAGAGAAAGGGCGAGUAUAAAAGACACCUCAGAUCCCUCCUUCGUUCUUUCCGCACACUCCACCUUCCCACGCUCCGUCUUGGAAUCUCUUCUCAUUCCAUCCGUUCCUCAAUCAUUCCAACAGUUCACACAAUGGCAACCGACCUGAAACUUCAGUUCCUGACACUCGAGCAGAAGCAACAGUUCGAGGAUGAUGGCUACCUUGUCAUUCCCGACUUCUUCUCACGCGAGAAUGCAAAGGAGCUUCACGAUAGUGCCGCAGAAAUGCUCGAGAAAUUUUCGCUAGAGGGCCAUCCAAUGACCACGUUUGCAACUGGCACAGGCGAGGAUAAGAAGCACAUUGGCGACGAUUACUUCCUGACCUCUGGCGACAAGGUCCGAUUCUUUUUUGAGGAGGAAGCGUUUGAUAAACAGGGAAACCUGAUAGUGCCAAAGUCGCGAGCCAUCAACAAGAUUGGGCAUGCCCUUCAUGAGCUCGACCCAAAGUUCCGUGUACUUUCCCUUUCCAAGCAGAUGAAGGCCUUGGCCCACGAUCUCGAGUUUAAGGAUCCCCGAGUACUGCAGUCUAUGUUGAUUUUCAAGCAGCCCAAGAUCGGUGGACAGGUUCCCCCACACCAAGACUCGACUUUCCUCUACACUGAACCCUUGUCUGCACGUGGUUUCUGGUUCGCCUUGGAGGAUUGUACAGCUGAGAAUGGCGCGCUUUCCUUUGCACCUGGCUCCCACAAGAAGUACCCUGUCAAUCGCCGUUUUAUCCGUGACCCCAGCUCCACAGGUGUGACCUUCAGGGGCGAGAAAGAACACGAGGCUCCGGAUGAGGAGUGGAAGCUGGCAGAAUGCAAGGCAGGAUCUUUGGUUUUGAUCCAUGGAUCGGUCUUGCACAAGUCGCCUGCAAAUCGCAGCGACAAGAGCCGCUACAUCUACACCUUCCAUGUGAUUGAAGGCGAUGCCGAGUAUGAUGGCGACAACUGGCUGCAACCUACCAAGGAGAUGCCAUUUACGCCCCUUUACACAACGGAGCCCUGAGUCGAGAUAAACAAAAAGACAUUGCAGAUGAUAUGCAGCUGCAUUUAGAAGACUGAGAAAUGCCUUCCCAAAUAAACACUUCACAAACACAGAGGCGAAUGCAGAUUUUGCUGCUCAACUAUAGAGAGCGAUCUUAUCAUUCUUCCGUGGCACGCCCAGGGAACAUCGAUAAAACACCGAUUACCAU